GAUCAGAAGGAGUUGGGUACAAUGAAAUGUGAGCAGAGGAGUUUCUGUCCAAGCUGGGCUGGAUUUCAGUGGCAUCGUCGGAGAAGUCUAAGGAAAAGGAGGUGGGAGGAGUAAGGAAUUGAAGCCUGCCUCUCUUUGGACACUCCUUGUGGUCUUGGAUUAUCCUGACCAUUCUGCUAACUUCAUUCCUAUCAUGGACAUCUGCAAGGUAGCCUUCCUGCAUGCUUUGGAUCUUUCCUUCUGCUUGUCUGUUUUCCAGUCACCUGCGUCAGAUCUUGCUGGUUUCAUCCUUUGGGAUCUUGUCCACUGGCUUAGGUUAUGCCUGUAUAUUCCUCAUAUUGCCUUCUAAAGAAUCCCCCUAUAACCCUGCCUUCCACUCUGCCAACAACGAAUUCUGGAUUUAGUAUGCUUGAGGACAAUCCCGCCCCCCUCCCGAUAGGCUCUGCUUUAGCUGUCUGUCUUGAAUGUUAUUGUCUCCAUUCUUGGGCACCUUGACAUGCAUUAGACAUUUUGCAUGCUUUCCUAUUGUCUGCAGUUGCUCUUGAUGUGUACGUUUGUGUUGAUGGCUCAACUUAGUCACUUCCAGGACGGAGCAGUGGUGAGGUUUGUCCUAACGUGUGUCUAAUUUGUGUGCAGCAUGCCCAACACCUCUACUUCCUCCUCCUCCUCCUCCUCCUCCUCCUCCUCCAGUCCCAGCUCCCUACAACUUCUGCUUUGCGAAGAAGACUCCCAAGGGACCAGAAUCUCUUUGUCUCUUCUCUACUUGCUGUUAGCCAUUUCUGGGACUGUAUCCAACGUCAUGGUAAUUUAUCUGGUCUUCACCUUCCGGAAGCUGCGCACUGCCAGCAAUGCUUUUAUUGUCAACAGUUGCAUUGCUGACCUGAGUGUGUGUGGCCUUUGGAUGCCACAGGAAGCAGUGCAGGGACUGCUACCCCCUGAUUCCUCUACUGUCCACUCUGAAGGAUACCGCUUGCUCCGCGUUGGGCUUGUAGGCCUUGGACUCAUUGUCUCUCUGCUUUCUCACCUCUUGGUGGCUGUCAACCGGUAUGUCCUGAUCACCAAGCCCCCCAUCACGUACCAGGCCAUUUACCAGCGGAAGUUCAUAGCCUGGAUGAUCGGCUUGUCCUGGGGUUUUGCCCUGCUGCUCGUCUUGGUUCCGCCGGGGCUACGAAAGUGGCAACCCAUCCUGCAGGAAACUAGGAGUGCCACCAGCAGCAACAGCCCAAACUACACAGGCUUGCUGGUAGCCUUGGCUGUUCUAAGCCAGACGGUUCUUCUGCUCCACUGCUACAUAGGGAUUGUGAGGAGGGUACAGGGCAGCGUCAAGCGGGUCAGUGUCCUCAACUUCCACCUGCUGCAACAGCUGCCCUUCCCAGCUGGCCCACAAGCUCCACGCCGGGCACAGCGACGUUUGAGCAGCAUCUCCGUCUUGCUCCUCUGUCUCGCGUUUCUCCUGGCCACACAGCCCAUGGUGUGGGUAAGUCUACUGGGCUUUUUCUUGCCGUCCAUGCCACGGGGGCUGCAGCUAGCCAGCUGGCUGCUUUUCUGUUCUCUUUCUGCCUUCAACCCCCUGCUCUACACCUGGAAGAACGAGGAGUUCCGUCGCUGCAUGCGCUCAGUGCUACCGGGAGGGGAAACGCCUGCUGUUGCUGUGGUGGCGGCAGUAGCCGCCACAACCACCCUCCCCACAGUGUCUCCUUUGCCUCAGGAGCCAUCACAGCUGGGCACAAAGGUGGAAAGCAUGGGGAGCUUAGUACUUCAGUGACCCACCUGGGGAAACACUUCCGUGCUACAUGAAAAGGUGCUGAGAGACAUUUUCCUGUGCCUGAAAAUGACGUGCUACGCUGCGCUGCCCAGGCCUCUGCUCUCUAAAGAGGAAUAUUUAAUGCCGCCAUAGAGAUACCUGUCAAUGGAAAGAAUGCAUAUAUUUGUACUGAAUUGGUUUCCUACUUUUGUGGUGGCAUUUUACAGGGGCUUGGGGUAGUCAAGUUGAAAGCCUCUUAUAUACCUCAAACUGUCAGUGUCUUAAUUAUUUGCCUGAAUGUUUUCAUUUCUUUCUUGGCUCACAAAAGUACCGCUAGAGAUUAAUGGAGAGAUUGCCUUAGCUUAGUGGCAAAAUGUACGUCUGCCGCAGAAAAGAUCCAAGUAUCAGUUCCUGAUAUCUCCAUUUAAAGGAGCUCAGAGGGAAAGACUCUGCCUGGGAAACCAGUUAGGACAGACUGAGCCAGGAUGAGGAGGACCCUGUGUUUUGUUCUGCUUCUAUUACAAAACAUAAUUGCUGGGAUUUGGCACAGGAAAAUCUUUGACAUUUGGACUGACGGUGUCGUCGUCCUCCUUUUACUUACAAUUAUGCAGGGUUUACUUAACAUUCCCAAACGAAAAGUAUCUAACUCUCAGUUGUGUAUGUUUCCAAAGCAGAAGUUAGGACAAUCUAUCUCUAAGUAAAAUAUUCAUUGUUUGCUAAUUUUGUAUUUAAUUAUGAAAAUUUUAUGUAUAGUUAAGAGAUUUGUACUGUACCAUUUGACUUGUCAAAAGGGUCCCUAGGAUGAAUUAUGGUUUUCAGUUAACAUAAUAAACCAGCAACAAAGCCCAAACCUAUCUUAAAACUAACAACAGAAACUGAAAUGAUUCAAACAAAGAUGAUUAAGAGAAUCCAUGGACUUUGUAAAUCAGGGACUUAAAUAACAAACGAUAAAUGAACAGUAAUUUUUACAGAUUAAAAGACCAGGGAAAACAAAAAACAUUUUGCACAUGGUGCCAAAAAGAUAACAAAGUUGCCAUAAACAAUCAGGGGACGAGCACAGAGGGAGAUUAGAAACAUCUGGGGUGAUGCAGCAGAAAGUGCAUCGGAUCUGAACCAGGAAGGCCUGGGUUCAAAUUCCUGCUCCGCCAAGCUAUUUAUUGGGUGACUUUAGACCAGUCGCUAUCUCAGCCUAACCUACCUCACAGGGUUGUUGUGAGGAUAAAAGAGGAUAAUCCUCAAGUUCACCAUGAACCUUUUUGUGGAAGAGUAGGGCACAAAAUGUAAGCCAUAACAAUAAAAACGUGAGUGUUUCAGGAA